GACGGUUUGAAGAGCUGGGAGUUUUGAACUCAUUAAAUGGCAGGGAUAAAGCACCUAGGAGGAGAACAGAUUGCCUUGAAAAUAAUUCACAUGACUUGUAUUUCAGAUUAACUGUAUUUAAGAAUCGCUGUUUUUUUUUUUUUUUUUUUACUUUAAUAGUUUACAAAUGUUCUUGUUUUCUUAUUUUGAACAUAGCAUAUAGAUCAGGCAUUGUUUAUGAUAACCCUACGGCUAUAAAUAUUAAUUAUACUGUUGUAAUACAGUUUAUUGAUAUUUCUGUCCGUCCAUUAUAUAAAAAAACUAAAAAUGUAUUUGCUGAUUUCUUUUUUUUAAAGAGCCAUUGGUUUUUGUAAAUGUGCAGUGCAAUGUAAUCCAUCAUUCUAGCUAAAAAGAAAAAGAAAGACAAAGAAAACAAAUGUUCAAAUGACUGCUAAUCUUCAUACCAAGGAAUAACUUUAAAUUAGUGUCAAAACUCACUGGAUGUUACUAUACUUUACCAAAAAAUAAUAUGGGCUUUUCAAGAAGCUUGUUAAACCACAUAUGCUGAUGAAGUUAAAACGCUGUUUGUGUAGAUAAGGUUUGGUUUGGAGAAGUAUUGAAAUGAUGAGACCUGCCCGGCAGUACCAGCAACGUUCAGAAUGUCCAGGGAAGACUCGGUGAAGUGCCUGCGCUGCCUGCUCUACGCUCUCAAUUUACUCUUCUGGUUGAUGUCAGUCUGUGUUUUGGGUGUGUCAGCCUGGAUGAGGGAUUACCUGAACAAUGUGUUUAUUUUAACUGCCAACACCAGGCUGGAGGAAGCAGUGCUUUGGACCUAUUCCCCAGUGGUGCAUCCAGUGAUGAUUGCUAUGUGCUGUUUUCUAAUCAUAGUGGGGAUUCUUGGUUAUUGUGGAACAGUGAAGGGCAAUCCACUGCUACUUUCCUGGUACUUUGGAAGUUUAUUGGUGAUAUUUUGUGUGGAGCUGGCCAGUGGUGUGUGGACCUACGAAGAAAAAAUGGUCCCUGUUCAAAGGUCUGAUAUGAUCAGUUUGAAAUCUAGAAUGCCCAAUUAUGGUUUAUCAAGAUUCCAGUGGCUAACCCAUGCCUGGAACUUCUUUCAGAAAGAGUUCAAGUGCUGUGGUGUGAUAUACUUCACUGACUGGCUGGAAAUGACAGAGAUGGAGUGGCCCCCUGACUCGUGCUGUAUUCGAGAGUUCCCUGGAUGUGCCAGGCAGGCGCACUAUGAAGACCUGAGCGACCUCUACCAAGAGGGUUGUGGUCCAGAAAUGUAUAGUUUUAUAAGAGGCAUAAAACAGCUCCAAGUCCUGAGGUUCCUGGGUGUUUCUAUAGGAGUUUCUCAGAUCCUCGCCAUGAUUCUCACAGUUGCUUUGCUCUGGGCCCUCUACUAUGACAGAAGAGCUCCGACGCCUGAUCAGAUGAUAACUUUGAAUAAUGACACCUCCCAGCACCUGCCAUGUCAUUCAGGGGAAGUGCUGAAAUCCAGCUCAACCAGGACCUUUGAACAUAGGACUACAGCUAACAAUGUCAACACAGAGUUUGAGAUGGAACAGUUUUAACUGUCCAACAACUGAAAAUUAUAUUAUUGCUGUGAAAGUUUUUUUUUUUUGUGACGACAGAGGACUAAAUAACUUUAAUUGAGUCUUAACCUGAUUCCCAUGUGUGGCAAGAUGGCUGGCAGGUGAUUUCAGUCCAGAGAGGAGACAGACACAGUACUGGGGUAUGGGAGCGCUGAUGCACAAGUUUUAAUAAUAGAUAAAAUAUUUAAACAAAAACAAAACUCUAAACAAGCAAAACGGCACGGUGGCCAAAACAAAACAGACUAAACAGGCAUGGAACAAGCAAGUAUCAUGCUGGUAUAGAACCAGCACGGGUAGCAAUUCUUAUUUGGAUUUUAGCUGUUCUUUUUAUCUCACAACUCACAUCUUGUUCCGCCUCUGAACACACUAACCAAGUUCAGCCAAAACUGAGGGUUUUUAUAUUGUG